AUGGACGCCACACACAUUCUCGCAGACCGCUACAUCAGCAGCGGUCGAUGCCCCAGCGGCUACUCGUACCGCAGCAACGGUUACUGUUACCGCAACAGCUGGUCCAGCUGGGGUCGCUGGGUCCUCGUCGGCGUCCUCAUCUUCUUCGCCCUCGUCUUCCUCUUCCUCUGCACCUGCUGCGCCCGUCGUCGCUCUCGCAAGGGCGCCAAGCCCAUGUAUGGCACCGGCUGGAUGGGCAACAAAUGGGGUGGCAACAACAAUAACAACAACCAAAACACCUACAACCAGAGCUAUCCCCAGCAGACCUACCCUCAGCAGGGCGCCUACGACUACAACCAGCCGCAGCCGGGUGGCUACCAGGCGCCCCCCAACUACGGCAACUCUCAGCAGCCCCAGAACACCGGCACCACCUUCAACCCCAACGAAGGCUACUACGGUAACCAGCAGUACGGCGCCCCCCAGCACCCGCCCAACACCUACCAGCCUGAGGGUGGCUACGCGCCUCCUCCCGGUCCUCCCCCCGGCAAAUAA